AGUGUCGUCGGUGUCGUGGUGGGGUGCACACGUGUCGCUGCUUCACGCAGUGAGGCACGUUGUUGUUGUUGUGGGUGUGUGGAAAAAAAUCUUGUGCCUAUGUGUGAAGAGUAAACAGUGAGACAUUGUGAAUCGGUUGCCGUCAAUUCUAAUAUUGAAGCUACUGCUCGCGUUGAAUUAUUUACAGCUAUCAAUGAACAGGAUAUGCUGUACAAGCUAUAUUGAAGCAUAACACCUAGAAAAAGGAUGGAUUUCAGUGUAAAUUUAGAAAUUGUUCAAUCAAAGCUUUUGAUUUUGGAUGUGAAAGAGAUGCACACAAUUUAAGUGAUGGACCCCCUUAGUGUUGGCUGGUGAAUGUGGUAGAAGUGAGAGAUGUGUCCUAGGGCUUCCCUAGCUCCUAUCCUAGGCCCUUGUAGAAGCUGUGUGCAAUAUACAUAAGUCAUUGGCAAUAAGGCUCAAAACGAAGGUGUAAAAAUUAAACCAAAUCAAAUGUUAAAAGAUUAAGUAGCACUAAAUAUAAGGCAUUGGACUUGCUUCAGGUCACCACUAGAGGGUAGAAGCAUAAGAUUUAACAAACCCUAACUUGAAUGAUACUGCAAAUGAUUCUGGCUCAAUAGUUGGGCUAAAUGUACCAAGCUUGGCAAAUGUUAUAAGGGUUAAAGACCCAAGACAAAAAUUAUUCAGAAACGUGCAAUAUAAUGUCUACCGUGAAAUCUUCCCCAAGUGCCCCAUUGAACUCGGCAUCAAGUUUUGGCAGUAAUCCUCUAGUUGAUGGGAGCCAAGUUAGGCCAAAAACCUCAGAAACUGUAGUAGUAGUUAGAACUGUCAGGGGCUCUAUGACAGAGGCUAGAAAAAGGAAAGCCAAAUGUUUGAGUAAUCUAAGUAAUGACAUUUCUUUCAAGACAAAUUCAACAGAUGUCAAGCACCAGAGAAGUCCAACAUUAGACAAGGCUGCUAGAAAACCUAAAUCCUUGUGUGUUGGUUCAGAUGUCCUGCCACCACCUGGUGGCAGGACAUUACCUGGAAUUCAGGACGUACCUGGAAUUCAGGUUGUGGAAGCUUCAGGUAACAUGAGAGAUGGAUAUGAUAUGAAGCUGGGAUUACCCUUAUCAGAAAAAAUAGGCAGUAAUUCGAAUCUGAAAAAUAAUGAUGCUCAAAAAUCAAGUUUUGCAAGCAUUUCCAAGGUGCAUAGCAAUAAUAUGUCCAGAACUAUAAAAAAUCCCCAACAUUCUGAGUUAACUCUGAAUCAUCAAAAUAUAGAUAAUGUCCACAAGGAAAUGCAUAGUAAAUGUUUCAUCAAUGCUUGCAACACAACUGUUAAGGUGUCAUGCACAUGUGAAGCUUCCUUAUGUGAUACAGGUGGAGUGGAGCCCAGCAAGGACAGCACUCCUGACAUGGAUGAUGCACACUCUAAAAAAUGCAGUGUAGUAACUAAACAGAAAAGCAAUUUGUCAUCUGUUAAUAAAUGUAAAUUGCAAAUGGCUACCAACAAACCAAAGCAAACAGGUUCGCAAAACAUGACAAAGAACUGUAAAAAAAUUGGGUUAUUUUCACCUAGGACAAGUAGGCCCAAAGUGCAAUAUUCGCAAUCAAUUUCAAAUUUACCUUCUGAUUUUAAUAGAGAUGAAUCUUCACAUUUCUUGAAGGAUUUAGAAGAUGCAGCAAGGGAACCCAAGUCCCAGAGACUUAAGUUAACAGUAGAUGAUAGUACAAAGAGUCAACAAGAAGACGUGUAUAAAGACGGAGAGAACACUCGAGCAUCGUUCUCUGACUCCACACGUGUUCCUGGAAAUGUAAUUUUGGAACCCUCGGGUGAAUGUAACAAUACUUGUAAUGGUACUUGUGACAGUAGCAAAGAUACGGCAAUGGUUGAUAACACAUGUGAAAGUGAUCUCAAAAGCCAACAUACCAAGAGGCUAGUUUUAAAAGGAAGUAAAGAUAGUGUUCUUCCAAAUAAGGUAAUGUCAAAAAUUUGCAAAAAGGUUGUUGGACAUAAUGGAGAAAUUAAGUCCAGGAAUGUGGGAAAACUAAAACAUGGCGUAAUAUCUAAGGUGAUCAGAAAAAAAAAUAAAAAAAAUAUCGAAGAAAUAUCUACAUGUACAACCAAUGGAUCAAACAAUAUAAAAACCAAUAAAAUUCCCCAAAGAGGAAAUGGAGAUGGCUCCAAAUGCAGUUUCCAUAAUGAACAAACCAGAUCUGCGAAUGGUGUGUACGAAACAAAUUGGACGACUCGAAUACCAUUUGAGGAUGUGAUGGCAAGUGUAAACAGUAGGAAAAUUGGGAUGAGAGACCACAUACACAACCGUGUGGAGGAGAGACGAAGGAAACUCAUGAAGGAAUGUUAUGAUGCUUUAAUUGGAUCUACGAGACAGUCACACAGACACAUUGCAAAAUUGAUUGGACAAGAAAUUGAGCUUGAAAAUGAGUUAUUAGAAUUUGAUGGUAGAGAUCAAACACUGGAAUGUAGUGAAACCGAUGCUGCAAAAGUUAAAGAAAAUAAACUGCUUCAAGAUAAACAGAAUUCUUUUAUUGCUCAAAAUGAAAAUACUGUACAUUUGAGGAGUAAAUCUGAUGAAUUAAGAAUCAAAGAUAACAAUAACAAUUCUGAUUUAGAGAUUGAGGAAAUUGAGACUUCAAUGACUUACUUUUGCACACCAAGUAUUAGAGCUACUGCUACUUCAACACAACCUCGAUUUUCCAUUAGUAAUAUUUUCUCUGAUAGUGCACUGGAUGACUCCAGUGCUACCAGCACUGGAAAUGUGACCAAAACUACAUUGAAAGACACUGAAGGAACAAAAUCAGUUACUUCCCUUCCAGCAGCUCCAGCUACCGCAGGGGCUUGUGCCCAAACAUGUGUCUUACCUAGUCCAGCUUCUGACAGUAGAAGGGGACGGAAGAGAAAAUCUGGAUCAGUCGUACCAAUUGAUAUCCCAAGGACUAAAAAGACUGGAAAUUAUGGUAGGAUAAGUGAUAUAUCAGAAGAGCAAGCUGGUUGUCAGGUGUCUGGAAAAGCUUUAUUAAAACCUAGUUCUUUAGAUAAUUCUGUACUGUCAUUGAAUAAAGAAGAGUGUUCACAUUUGGACAAUCCAGCUUCAUUAUAUACCAAGGAAAAUAAUGAACAUUUGAAGGGUAGGGUAAAUAGGUUUCGUGUUUUUGAUAAUAGCAACUUUGCUCAAGGUCCUCACAGCACUGCAAGCACUAAUAUGCCAGAUAAUGUUCUAAACUCAUUAUUAUUAGAGAGUUCUGCAUCAGGUAAUCGAGAUGGGGUUGAAAAGUAUCCAGAAGUGUACUUAACACCCACUGAAAACAGGCUAAAUGAAAUGAGCUUCACAAAUGUUGAAGAAUUGAUAAAUCAUGAUGCAAAUGGAUCAUCUCUUUCAAAUAAUAUACAUGCAGAAAAAUGUGAUCAAGAAAAAUAUAUUAAUCGGAUGUGUGUCCCUCAGAGUCGUAUCAUAGCUGGUGCGAGAAGAAUAUCUGAACCAGGAUCAAGAGAUACAGAGAACUGCAAUAAAUUUGUUCCACAGGAAUGCAGUGUUGCAUAUGCAGCAGAGAAUAAUAUAGAGAAUGCAGGUAAUUUGAAAGGAAGAAGAAUAAUAAAUGAUGUUGGUCAAUCUACAAGUAAAGAGAUGGCAGAAAUGGAUACUGCCAUUAGUACUGCAAAUUCAGACGAGUGUUUGGUCGUGGAUGUGUGUACUAGUUGUGAAUUUGAUUCUUCUGUGGUCAUUCAGGACAAUCAUUUACAUGCUACAGUUGAGGCUGACAUACACUGUGUACAAACUGACAAUGUAUUAGACAAUUUAAAAGAGAAAGAAGAUGUAGUCACUGUAAAAAUACAAGAAAGAAAAAGCCAGAACCAAGAUGCAUUAUUCCCUGCUAAGGACAUAUCUGAAGAAGGUAUAGAUGUGCACUCAUGUCAGGCAGAGAUUCCAGGGUCGAGUGCUGCUUAUUCUGAUAACCGUCCAUUGGAACCUUUGCUGUCAAAAAGCACAUCUGACUCAGAAGAUGAUGACGUUCUUUCAAUAUAUGCUAGCAGCUGGACUGGAAUAGACAGUGAUGCAGAAGGAGAGAAAGAUAAUCUUGAGUAUCAAAAAUUAAUUGACCCAAAUGAGAUUACAAGAGAUUUGGGCCAAGAACAAACGUACUCCGGAAAGAGCGGUAAAGUGUGUCUUGAUCAAUACACAACAAAACACGCUAAAGAAAAUACACUGGAUUUUUGUAAUGACAAUGAAACGGUGUGUAAAAUAUCUGGAGAUGCACAUUGUACACAAGAUUUAUCCAUUAACAAUGGCACUGCCACAUCUGAAAUAAGCUGCAGAAGAAACACAUUGAUUUUAGGUAGUGAUCAGAGCUGCACUAGGAAUGCCAGUAGUGGAUUAUAUCAAGAUAAAGAACCAGAUAAAUUAGACCAAAUUUCCACCUUGAAUUUAAAUCAAAGUUUGCUAGAAAGUGAAGAGCAUGACAAUGUGAGAGAGUUGCUUCAUGUUACCAGAGAAAGUGGUCAAGAGAAUAGGUCAUGUGAAAAUGGUGACAAGUCAAUUCCUGUCCAGUAUUCAAACAUGACAGCAGAAACUAGAGCUGAACACACAGAAUCAAACAUAAUAUUAACAUUGAAGACAAAUUUAGGAGAAUCUUUAUCUACUGUGGACAAUUUGCAUAUACCUCAUAACUCACGACAUACUAUGAGUCAAGAGAAAAACAUCGUUACUAAGGAAGACAAUCAUAGAGCAAAUAUCUAUGGAUACUUGCCAAGUUCACCUGACCUCAUGACAAAGCAAACAGAUAAUGUGAAUGUAAACAGCGGACUUUAUCCUAGAGAAGGAAGGCCAACUGGUGAUCACAAUUCACACCGCAGCCUAAAGUCCCAAAAGUUUUCUGAGAAGGGGCAGAAAUAUUAUAAUAUUAAUAUUAUACCUAAGCCACCCACAUAUAAUUACUGUUCCCGCUUCAUCCACCAGGGUGUCUGCUACCAACCUGCCUGUCUCCUUCAACAUGAGAUGAGCCAAGAAUUGGAGAGUUACUUGGCUCAGCUUAUUCUGCACUACGUAAGAAGUAAUCUGGAGCGUGAAGCCUGGAGCCUAAUUGACCGGCACACAUCUGCUCGGCAGAACUCUACUUUGCUGAUGAUAUCGCUGCUCAAGGCUCUGGCUAGACACAUUGUUGAAAUGGAAAGUAUCAACUUGUUUCCCAACAUUAAGGUACCUUCACAUAUUGCAUCUCCUUUGAACAUAGCCAAGGUUGAAACACUAUGUGAUUUCCAUCGUGGACAAGAUGCCUACAGGUUGCUCCGUCAGUGCUACAACAGUGCUUCCCUGUUCAGUGCAGAAUUACUGAUCACCAUAUUUAUUCGGUACUGUGAGCAUUGUCCAGAGAGAGAAGCUGUGAGUCCUUGGGAGAAGAUCUUGCUUUGGCAGUAUGAAAAACCGGGAAACCCAUUUGAAGAAAAACUGAAGGAUAUGUUUAAUUUUGGGUGGCUGAAAGUUCACAUAAACGCCAGGAAUUUUAACAGGGUGUGUGAAGUCUACAGCCACCUCUGCAGAACUCUCUCUACCCCUUCCAUGUUCUUCACAAGCAUUACAUGUUCUGUCAUCACCUUCUUCACUAACACAGGCCAAAGAAAGAGAAGUUUCUGGGUGCUGGAUGAAGUACGAAGGUUGAAGGCAAAUGACGCUUCCAUCUUCAUUGCUCUCAUACCAACAGAUAAGGAAAGUGCCAUGUGUGUUCUUCAUGAACUGUCAGAACUGAGUCAGCUGGUGUGUGAGCUGCGUGUUCCGCUGCCUACCUGCACCUGGGACUUGCUGUUCACGCUCAUGAUCAAUCACGCCAAUUUUACCCUUGCUGUCAGUCUUCUCAUUUGUGCCAUGCAAAUAAGCUUAUUUAGACCAGAAAUAGAUGUUCUGGAGAAAAUUUUGUUUGAUUGCUACAGAGGUGGCCCAAUGCUAAUGCAACCUUUGUCCAACCUUAUUCGUGCAUUGCCUGCAGAGUAUCUCAACAGGAUGAGGCCAUCACUGCAUAGGUUGCUCACUUUUCUUACACAUGAACCACCCCCUGCGCAGCACAUCAAGGACAUCAUCAUUCAUCAAUGUCAGGGAUAUGGAAUAAACCUCUUUCCUAACUCUGAUGUUUCAGGAUACAAGAUACACAGUGAAGGUGGUACCAAUGCACACAGUGUCAUGCAGUGUUCCCUGGGAGUACAUAAUGUAGAUGGUCGUGUUGCACAGUAUGGUACGGUGCCUGGUGAGCGCGACACUCGGCACGGUCACAUGGCAAGCGUCGAUGUGUCCUCCAGUUGUCACAGAUUUUCAAGUUUAGAAAGUAGACGCUCAUUGGGAGCUUUUGAAUAUCAAAUGAAUCGUAUUAGAAAUAAUGAAAACACACAGUUAACUAUAGGAUUUGGUAAUAGUAAAGAUUCAAAUAUAACCAAAAAAUUGCCAGAAAACUCUGGAAAUUUCGGUAGAAGUUUUAUAGGUAGUAGCAGUUUUACUACUAAGAAAAUGUCAUUUGAAAGCAGAUGCAGCACAGACAGCAUUUACAGCCAGGAGUUGUGUAGCCGAAAGAACAUAUCAAGAGUCUAUGCUAACCAACAUUCUGUGGCAUCAUCAGGUCCUAGAUUACUAAAGAAUACAACAUAUUCAUCAUAUCUGAAUCAAGAAGAAUCAUCGGCUCCGACUGGCUCUGACUUUCCAAAUCGCCUAAUGCAUGUGUCAACAACUACUACCAGACACGAAGAGCAACUAAUAUCGCCAGCACCUGUUUACCAUGGUAAGUCUUAUACAGUGAAUACUGCCUGUCAGGAUCUACUUAAAACUCAGACAGAAAUUUCAUCAUUAGGUCUCCAUUCCCACAAAAGAUCCAUUAAUUUAAGCCAAGAGGAUUUGCCUGGAGUACCAGUUGACAAAAGGGAACUUGCCACAGGAAACCAUAGGUGGAGGGUUUCGAAGAAGCAGGAGGUGGACUUGAAUACCCAAGGAAAAGAAUCCGAGGAUUUUAAUGUACCACAAUGUCAAGAGUCAUAUGAUCACACUCAAACUAAUGUUCAAAAGAAAGCUUCAAAGUCUGUGCCAGGAUAUAGUCAGACAUACAAGGAGACUCGCUGCCAGGGGUCUCUGUCCGAGGAUGUUGCGGGUGUUGUUUCAAGGCAUGUGUCAGCCCUAUCAAAUUCUACAUCACUUGGUUCCUGCAUAAACAGUGACAAACAAGAGAGAGAAAAAAUACCCAAAUAUGACAAAAAGAAUGUUUAUCACAAGAAUGGGCAGCAUAAAUUGAGUUCUGAGCAGCACGCAGAGUUAUGCUCACCUCACGGCACAGGAAGUGUUGUGCAGGCACAGGGAGGGGUACUACAGUGCUCAUCAGAGAACACAAGGCUUCACUGUGAUAGCAAUCAAUCGGGCAGUGCUUCAGAGUUCCCCACAAAGCAAGUACCUUUAUCUAAUGCUGAACCAAAACAACUGUGUAACUCAGUACGUGAAUCUUCUUCAAAAGUUAAAAUGACAGAAAUGUCAUCUGCUCUUGGAGCCCAAGGUAACUUAGCGACGCAGACUGCUGAGCAAGGCAAAGCUAGUUGUAAUAGGGAGCACAGUAAUGUUCAAACUUGUAUUCAGAAGACAGCAAUGGUUAGCGAAGCUGAGGCAUUGCCUUCAAAUACAGCAAUAAUUUCUAAAUUUAAGGAUGGAAACUACAGCUUGAGCUGCUCUGUCUCGCAUGUGACAAAACAAAUGGGUCUUUUACAAAGGACUGUUUCAAAGAAAUGUGUACAGAAGAAGCCAGUUACGGUGUCAAAACCUUGUGUCUCAACCACACCAGAAUCAAGAGACCUGCCCUUGCCUGGUGGUGUGAUGAUUGAUGUUGAAGGAUGUUCAUAUUCUCCACAAGCUUAUGAACUUGAAGGCUACGGGGAUGAACUGGACGUGGAACAUGUGGAGUUUGCAGCAAAUGCAUGUCAAAGCAUUCAAGUUAACCAGAUUGUUAGAGAUCUGCGCAUGAUAGCAGAGUUAAACUCGGAACGCCUCAAGAAGAUAAAACUUGUGAAAAUAUUUAAUCUUCUGACUAAAAAAGAUGACAUCCAUUCAGUUGGAGCAAAUUUAGCCACUAUCUUGAAGUCUGUGUCUGGUAAGAGAAGUCGGGUGUUUACACCAGCCGAGGAGGAGUUGAUUGGGCGGUUGGGUGUCUCACUUAUGGUGAAGUGUAUCGAGCAGUGCUACCCUGACCAAGCACUGUGUGUCAUCCAAAGUCUACAUCACCACAAGAUUUCUUUCUAUAGUUGCAUGCCGAUCAAUAAAGAGAAUCCUCCAUCGGAACACAAAUUAGCAGUUAUGGCUCUGGAUGUCCUUCAUCAGAUGCAGAACUUGAAGCUGUUUACUGACAUUCUGGAAGAAAUAUACUGGUCUGGAGGAACAGAGGAUGUUAAAUUACGUCUGAAUAUGCUCUCAAAAGUCCUAGGCACCUGUUUCCAUUCGUUAGUGAAUGGUAGUGCCAGCAUCAGUAAAGAAACUUUAUGGUUCAUUAUCAAGAUCUUGGCAUCUUUAGUAAAGUAUUACCAGCAUGACGUGCAGACCAUCAGUGGUGAAUAUAACAACAUCAUGGAUCUACCUGAGUUCCUUAGGAAAGCUUGGGAGUAUUCACAAGGUUGUGAGGAUCAGGAAGCAAAUUCCGAGCUGUAUCGUGUUAUCUGCUCUUCACUGGACUUUGGUGUUGACCUUUCUCAUGAGAUCACUCAUAAUUUGAAGCAUUUUAGAACUGAGGUGACCUAUCAAAUGAGCAAAUCAGCAAGAUACAGUGAAAAAAUAUCAUCGCCUCAACAGAAAAUGUCGAGCAACGCUCAUUACAAAGGAUGUGGUAAAACAGGCCGUGAGGCACACCCUGAUGUGUCGUAUUGCAUUAACGAUUCGGAAUCCAGAAACAUAAUGAACUCCAGCAGUGGACCAGGUGGCAGUACAAGUGUUAAUACAUGCUACCAGGACUUAAGACAGGCAGGAAGCAUUACAAGAAGUGCUAGAGGUGCACAUUCUUAUUCAAUACAAGUUACAGUCAAAGGAGAUGAAGCCAUAAGUAACACAAAUAAUACAAUGGAGUCCAACAGUGAAACCCAUCGUACUACCGAGCUUAUGGGUGGCAACAGAGGAAGAGCUGAGUCAAGGCGUUUCACCACAAGAAAUAAGAGACGAAAGAAACUGUGGAGACGACCACUUAUGCGCACUCAAAUCACCGAAUGGUAACCUUAUAUGAGUUAGUAAGGUGCACUCAAGGUGAGGCAAAUGUAGCUAUGUAAGCAGAAGGUAACCACAAACAGUAAUAGCCACUUGCUCAGUAAACGUGUGAAUAUAUCUUUGGCUACAAACUUAACAUACAAGAAUAAUUAAAUAUACAGGUGUAGUCAAACAUAAAUACUUUGUAUGUUUUACCACAUAAAAGACAUUUUCAGUUAAAUUUCUUAUGUAUGAUACUGUACCUAGUGAUUUUUAUAUGUUUUGUGUUAAUACUGUUAUUAUUACUAACCAAUUAUUUUAAUGCAUUCCUCCAUAGAUGCAAGUUAUAUACAUUAAAUCAAAUGGUUCCCAACAUUUUGGGAAUGGCCCUAUUUUUUAAUGCUCAAAACACCACCAAUGGGGGGUGGGGGUCGUGACCCAACAGUUGGGAACCAAAAUAUUGAAUGAUUACGAACACUUCAUCCCCAAACACCCUUAACAAUGCACCCCCUCCCCCCUACCCCCACAAAAUAACUGCUAAAAAUCAUCAUACAUCAAAACAUGUUGAUGUAAAAAAAAAAGUACAGCACAAUAUAAUUGCUACAAUUCACAUUAAAAUUGUAAAAUUUAAUCAUUUAUUUUGAUAUUUCACCAUCUUGUGAGUCUCUGCAUUCACUUUUUAUUGUUAUACAUGCUGUUGAAGGUAUCUUUAUUAUUGCUUGGUGGAUAGUUUGUGGUGUUUAAACACCUGCCAGGGGGACCACGGUGGAUAGUUUGUGGUGUUUAAACACCUGCCAGGGGGACCACGGUGGAUAGUUUGUGGUGUUUAAUCACCUGCCAGGGGGACCAUGGUGGAUAGUUUGUGGUGUUUAAACACCUCCCAGGGGACCAAGGUGGAUAGUUUGUGGUGUUUAAACACCUGCCAGGGGGACCACGGUGGAUAGUUUGUGGUGUUUAAACACCUCCCAGGGGACCAAGGUGGAUAGUUUGUGGUGUUUAAACACCUGCCAGGGGGACCACGGUGGGCGCUACCACCACCCAUGCACUCAUUCCAUUACCAACAUGCACAUUUAUGUAAUCUUAAAUUUAACUGAAUUUUGUUAAAUAUAAAACUUAUGUCAUGAUCAUAUAUUUGUUUAGGAGUUGGCUGGGAUAUGCAGUGAUAUUAUUUUAAUGAAAUACAGAACAGUAUUCCCAAACUGUAAUUAUAGUUUGACAAAGUAUUUUUGUUUUACAAAUAACUCAUGAUGUUAAACAAUUUUGGGAUAAAAGUCUUAGGUUGGAAAUAUUUCAUAUUUAAUAUUCUCUAUCAUUAUUUGUUUUUAAAUUUCAGAAAGUGUCAUUUAGGAAGUUAUACAAAAUUUCAGUGUUUACCUUAAGUAAAUAAAAUU